AGAAAUAAACAAAAGUUACGCAAAAAAAUAACCUGAAAACACAUUAUUAUUUAUUAAUAAUUGACUAUAAAUACGUAAACUAACUUAACAUAGUUUUACUCGACCUAUUUAUAACAAGCUUACUGAAUUUACUAUGAAUUUUGUUCGGAAAAUAUGUACAAUAAGGAGUCAAACGCCAAGUACAAAUUUCAGCAGGAAAUUCCGAAUAUCUACUAAAAACUUCGAGUCUUCUCAAGCAACUCAACCCCAAGUGCAAGAUGACAAGUUUGAUUUCGAAGACUUGAAGGUUUUGGAGCGGCAAGAGCGUCGCAAACCUCAAAUAAAGCCGUUCAUAAAAGACGUCUUUAUUUCUGUGUUUAAUAAAGAAUUAUUGGCUUACCCAGAGAUUCUCAAUAAAGAAGAAUCAGAAUGUCUCGCUGCACGAGUGUCUGCUCUCGAAAAAGUUUUCUACGAUAAGUCAAAAACAAAAGAAGAACGAAAAAUGGCACUGAAUAAAACGAAAAUGUAUGCCGCACCAGUUAGUUUGACAAACAAUGGCUUAGCAAUGAAUCACACUGAAAGUUUACAGUAUCUUGAAGUUAUUGCGAACGAUGUCAGCCUCGGGCAGGAGAUCAGUGACCACUGGGUGGGCUUAGAAGCUGUAAGAAAGGGCUUAGAGGCUGAACAAUAUCAACAAAUCAUUGAUGAUCUCACAAGCGGUGACAGACCUUUGAAAUUGUGUAUAAAAGAGAAAAUUUCAGAAAGAAUAACUCAAGCUGAUUUCAGGACAUAUGCAGAAUUAGAUAACCAAGGCAUUUGGCGAGUGACCGGUGAAAAGGUUGCCAAUUCAGAUAGCAUUAACGGUUAUCUCCUGGUGCUGUGUUGUUUAGAGGGGGAUCGGAUGAAAGCUUUCCUCAUACAUCCGGAUGCCAGUGGAGUUGAACAUAACGGUGUUUUUGUGAACUUCAAACAGGCACCAGCGACCCCUCUUAGUGAGAUAUCAGAGGAAGAGCUCGCCCGCACGCUAGCGAUAUCUAGGUUACACGCCGCAACUCUAUGUAGGACAGCGUUGACUCGCGCCGUACAAAGUUGCGUCAGCUACAUAAGACCUAGAGUAUUUUCAGGAAAACCUCUUUCCGAGCUGUGUACAAUUAGAUCGAUCAUCGGGGAUGCCUUUAUGGAUAUAUACGCGAGUGAGAGCACAGAUUACUUCACAACUGGCCUCCUGGAUGGUUACGAAUGUCCUGAUGCUGAAAUGGAAGUUGCUAUGUGCAGGAAUUUCAUGGUAGAUCAUGGCAUUUCAAACAUGCUAAAGUUACUCGCAAUACCGUCGCUGGAACAAGAGGAAGAAUGCAAACAAUUAUUAGAUGAUAUACGCCAUCUAGCUGCGAGAGGAGAAAACUUGGGCUCCAUUAAUAUGUUCAUAGCUCUAAACGGUGUCCAACACGCUGGCCAAAACAUGGCGUCCGAAAUAAAACAAAUGAGAAAUCCACUUUAUCAUCCACUGUUUAUAUUUAAGAAAGUGAUGCAGAACAGACAUCAGGAGAAGGAUGAUCCUAAACUAAACUUGUUCCUGGCGGAACAUCUACACCCCUCACUGAGACCGCCGUCGGAACAGCUCGAGUACUGCGUACUGCGCAUGAGGUACGCCUGCGAAACACUGUUGGGUCGACAUGGAGCUGACGUGGCGUCGGCGUUCAAUGAACUAAACAGAUUGGCAAUAGCCGGUACUGAAAUAUUGGCUAUGACAGCGGUGUUAGCGAGAGCCUCGAGAUCUUACUGCAUUGGCUUGCGAAACGCCGAAUUGGAAAUGAAAUUGGCUGCGUGUUUCGUCGAAACGUCGAAGGACAAAGUUCGCAGAUUGAUCAAGGAGAUCGACGACGGCGAAUAUCUGAAUCUGGACCACUUCAGGGUGCAAUUUGGUAGAAAGAUGUUGGACGCCAAUGAGAGAUUGACAGAGAAGCCCAUAGCGAAAAGUUUUUGGUAGACUAAUAAAUAAUUAG